AUGUCCGGGUCGGCACCCUCAACCAUGUUUCGCGAGGCCGAGUCCCUCGACGAGCUCAUCCCCGUCCAAGGUGUGGGCUGGGACCACAACCACGGCGCGUCGUCGUUCCUCCCUCCCCGCGUGUUCUCCCUUGUGCGGAGCUCACAUGCCGUCGUUACUCGACAGCUCGCCGCUCUGCCUCCCGGAACGCCUGUGGCUACCGCGGCUGCACGGCUUGCUCCGCUCGUGAAGCUGAGCGAGAGCAGGGAGUACCACGAGGAGCACCCGGGCCAGUCACCUCGCGUCGGCAUCGACAAGGUCCUUCACAAACUUCACCGGAAGAAGACAAUUGCGACUGAGGCCGAACCCGCCCCAGUCCCACCUCCCAAGCCUGGGAUGCGUCUCUCGCGUGAACAAACAGACGAGGUAGCCAUGUGUGGUGACUGGCACGGCCCUCCCCCCUCGCCCCUGUUCCUCAACAUCUAUGCCGAGGUGCUUCUCACUCUCACCGACGACCCGCUCCGCGGCGCAGUUUCACCUCCCCUCCUUGGGUCGAGCGGCAUCGUGCCCGUCUCUAUCAUCUCGGUCGUGCCAGACAUCACCCACCAUAUCGCUGACCUGGUCGUCAGCGCGAGUGUCGAGAUCCUCCUAUCCUCCCCACGGUGGGAGGGGGGCGCUGCGCGGGUCCUUGCGGACGCUCUCCGCGAGCUGUCGCGGCGGGUUGUUGCAGCCCGUUGCGCGCCAGUGGUGGUCAAGGUCAUGAUUGGUGCGCCGACGAAUCGGGAUAUCGUCGUUUCCGAGUUGGGUGCGUUUGCGCUGCCCGCCUCUGCCGAACUGCCCGGUGUCAACUUGCAAGUCCGUCGAGGCCCUUGUGCCUGCGUUGCCGUUAUCGACCGGCAGAUUGCCGUGCUCACGACCGCUGCCAUCCACGAUGGAUCAGGUCUUGAAAUGAUGGCUCAGUACGAAGGCCCAAUCGUGCAGUCGUUAUACGAUACCGCGCUCCUCGCAUGGUGGGGGCCCAUGGUUCCCGAUCUACCCCUCCUUCGCUACCCUCCGCAGUACCCUACCAUUGGUGAGGCGGGGCAGUACAGAUGGCCCGCGCCAAACCUGGCAGGAAGAGGCGUGCGAUCAGUACCGAAACUCACCAACGAGAUGCCUGGCCCUGGGAUACAUGGACCCCAGCCCAAUGAGACGAACUGGGAUCGGACCUACGACGUUAGUGCCGCUGCCGAGGCAGAGCACGUCAAUGUACUCAGUGACCCAGCUGCUCUGAACCGGCAUCUGAACACUGGCAUACCCGUGGAAGCGACGGAUGUGCGUCGCGGCCAGGCAUUCAAGCCGGUGGUCCUUCUGCCACCUCACGACCCAGUGCCGAUGGCUGUCGUGAACCGCACACACACGACCAACGAGACAGAUCCGUUAACUCAGGCUCUCCUCGCAGCGGCCAGGUUCGCCGAGCGGACCAUCUUCAUCCAAGUGCCAAGUUUUAGGUACAAGCCUGCGGUCGAAGCAAUCCUCGAGGCCAUCCGCCGAGGAGUACAAGUGGAGAUCUACGUCACGCUGCACCUCGACCACGCGCACGCGGAGGAUGAGAUGUACUUUGCCAACACAGCCGAGGCGGCCAGGCUCAUGUUGCAGGCCGUGGGCGGCGAACGGUUACGGAUUGCGUGGUACACCGGACGCGACCAAAGCGCGCCCCGGCCUGAACGCGUGGCACACGUCGCCAUAAUGAUCGUGGACGGGCAGGUCGCGCUCCAGGGCUCUAGUCUGGUCGGCACAGGACCUAGUGUGAACCUCCUCAUUGACUGUGGGGAGGUGUGCCGCAUUUGGGGCGGUGCCCUCGAAGCGAACCAGAAUACGGGGGCGUAUGGCCAGGUGGAACAGUGA